UGUAAAGUUUUUACCAAAUUUUAUAGCCGAAGUUAGGGUUUCACGUUAUCUCUCAAUCAAAACCAUGAUCAAACUCCUCAGUCUCGAACUCUCACUGCACCGCCCUCACCGAAUCAUCCCUUCCUUCACGUAAUAAUCCCCGCCUCAAUUUUUCUCUAAAGAAUAGCUGCUGCAAUUACAGAUUUCAAUAGUUCUUGCUUCUCCAUAGGGGAACAAAACUUGUGGUGCACUGUUAAUGUAGUGGGCUGACAAAUUGAGAAUCCAAAUAGAAUGUAGUAUUGUACAGUGGUGCUUGGAUGUUCAUGUGAUUGAUAUGGAAGGGGGCGUGGGACAUGGUGUGAUGGCGGAUGAUGGAGAUGCUGACCCUAAUGAGGGUGGAGAAGCAAACAUCUUUGGAAAUGCCUCAACCAAUGAUGAAGAUGGAAUUGCUGGGCCACACGAACAGAUGGAAUUUGAUUCUGAAGACGCUGCUAAGACUUUUUACGAUGAGUAUUGCAGACGCGUUGGUUUUAGCUCCAAAGCUGGUCAAUGUAGUCGCUCUAAAGAUGGGACAGUUGUUGCUCGGGAAUUUUUGUGUGGCAGAGAAGGUUCGAAAAGAAGAAAUGCUGAUAGUUGUGAUGCGAUGCUUAGAAUAGAGUUAAAGGGUCAAGGCAGAUGGGUUGUCACAAAGUUUGUGAAAGAUCAUACUCAUUCCUUGGUAAGCCCUAGUAGGGUGCAAAACAUUCGGCCCCGAAGGCACUUCGCUGGUGCUGCGAAGACUGUGGCUGAAACUCAGCAAGGUGGAGGAAUCGUUCCAAGUGGUGUGAUGUAUGUGUCCAUGGAUGGAAACCGUGGAUCUGUAGAUUCAAACCAUGGAGUUAGGAGCACUUAUUCUGUAGUGCCAAAUCGGGCUUUUGCUCAAAAGAGGACUUUAGGGAGGGAUGCUCAAAAUCUGCUGGACUAUUUUAAGAAAAUGCAGGCAGAGAACCCAGGUUUCUUUUACGCAAUACAACUUGACGAAGAUAACUGCAUGGCUAAUGUGUUCUGGGCUGAUGCAAGGUCAAGGGUGGCGUACAGUCAUUUUGGUGAUGCAAUUACACUUGACACAAGGGGCAGAGCGAACCAGUACAGGGUGCCAUUUGCUCCAUUCACCGGUGUGAACCACCAUGGUCAGUCAAUUUUGUUCGGUUGUGCAAUACUACUUGAUGAUUCUGAGGUUUCCUUCACUUGGCUGUUGAAGACAUUUCUUACGGCAAUGAAUGAUCGCCAGCCUGUCUCUAUAAUCACUGAUCAAGACAAGGCCAUACAGACUGCAGUUGCUUUGGUGUUUCCAAAAGCCCACCAUUGUAUUAGCAAGUGGCAUGUCUUACGAGAAGGUCACGAGAAGUUGGCUCAUGUGUGCCAUGUGCAUCCUAAUUUCCAGGUUGAGCUUUAUAAUUGCAUCAACUUGACUGAAACUAUUGAGGAGUUUGAGUCAUCUUGGGAUUACAUCAUUGAUAAAUAUGACCUCAGAGGACAUGGUUGGCUUCAAUCGUUGUAUAAUGCUCGUGCUCAGUGGGUUCCAGUAUAUUUUCGGGGUUCCUUUUUUGCUGUAAUAUCUCCGGAUCAAGGAUUUGGAACAUCCUUCUUUGAUGGUUAUGUGAAUCAACAAACGACAUUGCCCAUGUUCUUUAGACAAUAUGAAAGAGCCUUGGAAAAUUGGUUUGAAAGGGAGAUAGAAGCAGAUUUUGACACAAUUUGCACCUUGCCAGUUUUGAAGACGCCUUCACCGAUGGAAAAGCAGGCGGCAAGUCUUUAUACAAGGAAAAUAUUUGUGAAAUUUCAGGAAGAGUUGGUUGAAACUUUUGUAUACACUGCCAAUAGAAUUGAGGGUGAUGGAGUAGUUAGCACAUUCAGGGUGGCAAAAUUUGAGGAUGACCACAAGGCAUACAUUGUCACAUUAAUUUAUCCUGAAAUGAGAGCGAACUGUAGCUGUCAAAUGUUUGAAUAAUCGGGUGUUCUCUGUCGUCAUGUUUUGACAGUUUUCACUGUUACAAAUGUUCUUAAACUACAAUCUCAUUACAUCUUGAAACGGUGGACAAGAGAUGCUAAGACUGGAGAUGUAAUAGGUGAACAUAGUGGAGACUUACAGGGGCACGAGUCUUUGACAUCACGGUAUAACAUUCUAUGUCGGCAAGUCAUGCAUUAUGCUGAAGAAGGGGCAUUAGCUGCAGAAACCUAUAAUAUUGCAUUAGGUGCUCUCAGCGAAGGUGCAAGGAAGGUUGCUGUUGUAAAGAAAAAUGUUACCAGAGUUGCACCCCCUAGCUCACAGGUUAGUGGGAUUGGUUAUGAUGACAGGAAGACUUCUACCUCAGAGUCAGACACAACCCCGUUGUUAUGGCCACAACAGGAUGAAGUGUCAAGGCGAUUUAAUCUGAACAAUGCUGGUGCCCAUUCUCAAUCUGUUGCUGAUGUAAAUGGUCCGCACAUGGCCCCAGUGUCCCUUCACCAGGAAGAUGGCCCAAAUGAAAGCAUGGCGGUUAUUCCUUAUCUCAAGUCAAUGACUUGGGUUAUGGAGAAUAACAAUUCAGUGCCGGGGAAUAGACUUGCUGUGAUCAACUUGAAGUUGCAAGACUAUAGCAAGACUCAUUCUGAAUUGGAGGUUAAGUUCCGGCUCUCAAGGCCCUCCUUGGAACCCAUGUUGAGAUCUAUGACAUAUAUUAGUGAACAGCUUUCAACACCAGCUAGUCGGGUUGCCGUCAUCAAUUUGAAGCUUCACGAUACAGAGACAACCUCAGGAGAGUCGGAAGUUAAAUUUCAGGUGUCCAGGGAUACAUUAGGUGCCAUGCUGAGAUCAAUGGCCUACAUCCAGGAGCAGCUUUCAAAUGCCGCUGAGCCUCAACCCAAGUCGCAAUCAAAGAAGCAGCGGAAAUGAACAUAUUGAAUAACUUAUCAUAGGUUUGUGCGCUCACAUAUCUCAUGGAUGGGAAAAUAGGCCAUUGGAAUGUCUGAGUAGCACUCCCAGUUUGUCGGGUUUGCUCUUCGUUUCCUUCUCCCUUUUUAAAGUAAUUAUUUUCCUUCAUUUUUUUGUUGUUUUUGUUUUUUGUAGCAUUAUUUUUGUUGAAUUUCUUAUUGCUUCCUCUGGCAUGUGAGUUUGUUGUGCAACAUAUUUGUACAUUUGACAUGUGAAAUUGAAAUCCAAAGGCUUUCCGUUCUUCAAAGAAAUUGAAAUCCAAAGGGUUUGAAGAGUUCAAUUUUUAAGGCUGUUAAGGAUGUAUACCCAUUGUAAUUUUUGUUUUGUUGGACUCCAUAAACUUUCUUGACUUGUUUAGAUUGCUGUAGAUGUCAUAAUAGAUGAGUUAGCGUCUGUGAACCCCGAAGAGACUGCAGUUAUGGGUGAAGCAAAGCAUCAAGGCCACUUCACCAUUUUGGCAUUCCCCCACAAGAAGUUGCAUUUUUGGAAAUUUGACCUUGAUAAGCUUCUAGGGUAGAGCAUUUUUCCAGAAAGCAACUACUUUUAGGGCACUUGGAAAACUUUCAUUCAACACGAGCCAAAGAUCUUAACACAGGGUUUUAAUUGCUGUGGCAUUAGUGAGAAGCAUUUUGCUUAUCGAGCCGUUCCUGUGAUUGGUAAUUCAUCUCAUACUCCCAAUUAAGUGUGUAUGUUUGCUUCUUUCCACGCUCUCUUACUUGAAAGCAGGAUUGUAUUUUUUUUGCCUUCAGAUUGGAAUGCCGACGGAAAUAGUGGAAAUGCUAUGGAGGCAUGGGAACAAGUACUCAGGUCCAUCAUAUAUAAUUGUUUAUGUUACUUCAAUUCCAUUAGAUUAGAAUUUUAUAUGUUGUCUGCAUGCUGACAUUUUUGUUGCUUUUUUGGUAGCCAUUCAAGUGUUCUUUUUUA